AUGACCAAAAACGCAAAGGUCAUAUCUCCGGCUCAAGCCACAUCCGCAACCCAGACGACAUCCUGGGAAUGGUCAGCUCCAUACUUCGUUAAGCGAGCGCAGGAAGUUCAGGCCAGAUUAGAUCUCCAACGGCAGACUAUGGAGAACCUUCAGAACCAGCAUAAGAACCUUCAGGACCAGAAUAGGAACCUUCAGGACCAGAAUGAAAACCAGAAGAAGGAUUACGAACGCGAGUUGAAGACAUGUAUCGGAACGUUUAUUGUCGUUUUGCUCACCUUCGCCGCCUUCAUGAUAUGUGGCUUUCUACCAUCUUCUUCGCCCGAACAUUGUUCAUUUGCGCUAGAAGCGAAAGCUGUCCAGAUGACGCCCACGCCUACUACGGUCACGGUCACGCUACCGGUAGCCACGCCUACUACAGUCACAGUCACGCUGCCGGUGGCAACCAACGCCGUGCCGACAAUCAAGGCCGCACCAGCCUUCAGCCUGACCCCUACAGCUGAUCAAGACCUGGAGCAAGGAAGAAGACCGGAGGUUCUGGUCCUCGUAUAG